AUGAAGCGGCAGAACGUGCGUACCCUGUCCUUGAUUGCCUGUACCUUCACCUACCUGCUGGUGGGUGCCGCGGUGUUCGACGCCCUCGAGUCAGACCAUGAGAUGCGCGAGGAGGAGAAACUUAAAGCCGAAGAAGUCCGUCUGAGAGGCAAGUACAACAUCAGCUCCGAUGACUACCAGCAGCUCGAGCUGGUAAUCCUGCAGUCUGAGCCCCACCGCGCUGGUGUCCAGUGGAAAUUCGCCGGGUCCUUCUACUUCGCCAUCACUGUCAUCACAACUAUCGGUUAUGGACAUGCUGCACCUGGAACUGAUGCUGGCAAGGCCUUCUGUAUGUUCUACGCUGUGCUGGGUAUCCCCCUGACGCUGGUUAUGUUCCAGAGCCUGGGCGAGCGCAUGAACACCUUCGUGCGUUACCUGCUGAAACGUAUCAAGAAGUGCUGUGGCAUGCGCAACACUGAAGUUUCUAUGGAGAACAUGGUGACCGUCGGUUUCUUUUCCUGCAUGGGCACCCUGUGCCUUGGGGCCGCUGCCUUUUCCCAGUGCGAAGAUUGGAGCUUCUUCCAUGCCUACUACUACUGCUUCAUUACACUGACUACUAUAGGGUUUGGUGACUUUGUGGCUCUGCAGGCCAAGGGUGCCCUUCAGAGGAAGCCAUUCUAUGUGGCCUUCAGCUUCAUGUAUAUCCUGGUGGGCCUGACCGUCAUCGGUGCCUUCCUCAAUCUUGUGGUCCUGCGAUUCCUGACCAUGAAUACCGAUGAGGAGCUUCUGGAGGGAGAAGUUGCGGAGUUAAUUGCUAGAAAUUCAAGAGGUGUGACUGUCCGUGUGCCUCAGAAACGCAAGAGGCACUACCCCAUGUACCUCCUCAGGAAAUACGGCAGAACCCUGUGCUAUCUCUGCUUCCCUGGUGCCAACUGGGGUGAUGAUGACGACGAUGAUGAUGAUGUCGUCGAGAGUGUUGUUGUUACCGCUCCUGUUUCUGCUCCUGCUCCUGCUCCUGUUCCUGCUGCUGCUCCUGCUGCUGUUGCUGUUGGUCCCAAUAUCAGGAGUGUCCGGGCUACCGUCCACACCGUUUCCUGCAGGGUUGAAGAGAUCUCUACAAGCGUGCUGAGGACCACCUACAUCCGGUCCCCAUUCGGCAUCAUCCCUCCUGGAGUGCACACCUGCGUGGACCAUAGGAGGCACAUCCGUCGCAAGUCCAUCUAA